ACACAGCAAUGACUGUCAGAUUUAUCACUAAACGGUUUAUUGGAGAAUACGAUCCCACCCUCGAAACAAUUUACAGACACACCGGGGUUAUAGAUGGGGAAUUUGUCCAUUUUGAGAUCCUAGAUACUGCAGGUCAGGAAGAGGACUCGCUUCAGAUCGAAGAGAAGAUUAAGUGGGGGGACAGUUUUGUCAUUGUGUACUCGGUGACAGACCGUUGCAGCUUUGAUGAAGUCAUGAGAUUAUGUUUCCUCAUCAACCACAUUCACUCAGCCAAUAAAAAAGGAGCACCAGAGCACCCACCUAUUGUAAUAGUAGGUAACAAGAAAGAUCUCCAGUUUGAUCGCAUGGUGUCUACGGACGAAGCUGAAAAACUCUCCAAGGCAUUGAAGCACCCUUACUUUGAAAUUUCCACCAGAGACAGCUAUGAAGAAACCACCAAGGUCUUCAAUACACUCUAUUGUGAGAUGCAGAGGCAAGGCUGUCUCUCCCCGGCAACCUUCAAGAAGAGAAAUGCAUCAAAGUUAAUGGAGAAGAUUCCAAAAAUUUAUGCCAAUUCUACUCUAAUUGCAAAUGGCAGGAGUUUGAGUUUUAAUUCUUUUCGAGAUUUUAUUCCAGAGUGA